UCCUUCACAGUUCACACACCCUUGCUUUACUCUCUCUCUACUAUCUAAAAGGUCCUCUCUCUAAAAACUUCCCCCUUCUCUCACUUGCUGCGGGAGGUAGAAGAAAUACAGGGGAGAAAUGAGGGGUCCUUUGGGGGCAGUGAUAGGGAGGUACCCUUCAAGCGAUGGAAAUGCUCAAAUGGGUGGAAUCAUAAGGCACAACAGAAAAUGCAGAGACGUUGUUUUUCUUGUCAUCUUCAUUGCCUUCUGGGUCGCAAUGAUUGUCAACUCCAGCUUUGGAUUCAACCAAGGAAACCCAUUGAGGCUAAACUAUGGGCUGGACUAUAGAGGAAAUGUGUGCGGCGACAGACAUGCUGACCUUCAUGAAUUGGAACUCACCUACUGGUUAAAUCCUAACCAGGUUUACCAGAGUGGUUUAAAGAAAACCAAUUUCAAGCUUUCUAAUGCACGCAGUAUCUGCUUGAUGGAUUGCCCUAUACCGUCAGAAGAUGCCCUACUUUGGGUGUGUGAUUAUCCAGAGGGAGAUGUUCAUCUCUCAACUAAUGAUUGGAUUGAUAGGAAUUAUGAUUAUUUUGCUGACCUUACUCCCGAACUGAGGAACACCUCUCUUCAACUUCAAGGUCCUUGUUACCCUGUAAUCUUCCCCAGUGUAAAUGUUUAUUGGAGCUGCCAAUUUAUUGCUCGUGCAUCAAAUGCGUCUUUACGGCAUUGGCAGCAGAUGGGUGGAGUCAACGUCGUUGAGGACAUUCUAGUAGAUAAAUCCAUUCACAGGUCCAUCAAUUCUCGGUCUGCGGUCUUAAAGAGAUAUGUGGCUGAUAUUGGGAAGGCAUGGCCAGUAUUGAUUGUUUGUGGAGGAAUCCUGCCACUGUUUCUGUCAGUGGUAUGGCUUUUGAUGAUUCGGCAUUUUGUUGCUGGAAUGCCAUGGAUAACAGUCAUCCUCUUUAAUGUUCUCAUUAUUUCAGUCACAAUGUUCUACUACUUAAAAGCUGGAUGGAUUGGAAACGAUGUUGUCUCGCCCAUCAUUGGUGAGCAUGAUCCAUAUUAUCACGUAUCUGCAAGGGAGCUUAACCAUCUACGCGCUGUUGCUGUUCUCAUGACUGUUGUAAUGGUUGUUGCUAUCCUCUCAUCAAUUGCCAUUGUUCGACGAAUCCUUAUGGCAACCUCUGUCUUGAAGGUUGCUGCAAAGGUCAUUGGAGAAGUUCAAGCACUUAUAAUUUUUCCAGUCAUACCAUACACUAUCCUUGCAGUUUUUUAUAUGUUCUGGUUUUCAGCUGCUCUACAUCUUUUUAGUUCUGGUCAGGUCGUCCAGAAUGACUGCAAGUCCAACUGCUGUGCUUAUGAUCUUGGGUCAAAACGGCUGAGAUGUGAUAGUUGCUGUGGUUUUAGAGUCCACUACACAUCUCACAUUGCAGCUGCAAUUCUCUUCCACUUGUUCGGAUGUUAUUGGGCUACACAGUUUUUCAUAGCAUGCUCUUCAACUGUGAUUGCAGGGUCUGUUGCUUCCUACUAUUGGGCUCGCGGUGAAACAUCGCCUGAGAUUCCAUUUCUCCCAGUUUUCUCUUCAAUGAGGCGGCUUAUGCGUUACAGCCUAGGGUCUGUGGCUAUUGGCUCUCUAAUUGUAACAUUUGUUGAAUCCGUCCGAUUUAUACUUGAGGCAAUUCGUCGCAAACUGAAAGUUGCCAAUACCAUCCCUGAAUCCUUGGUUGGAAGGGUGGCGUUUUAUUCUUCUCGAUGUUGCCGGAAGUGUUUCGAGUGGACCAUCAAAUCUGUGAACCGCAAUGCCUAUAUUAUGAUUGCCAUAACAGGCAAAGGCUUCUUUCGAGCUUCUGAGAUCGCUACAGAACUAAUCAUCAGUAACAUCCUUCGAAUAGGGAAGGUUAAUGUGAUUGGAGAUGUUAUUCUCUUUCUUGGGAAGUUAUGUGUCAGCCUUUCAUGUGCAGUUUUUGCUUUCCUCAUGUUGGAUACUCACAAAUACAGAUCUGCCCAUAACAAGAUAUCUUCCCCACUGUUUCCUGUCCUGGUGUCCUGGGCUCUAGGUUAUGUUGUUGCUACUCUUUUCUUUGCGGUUGUGGAGAUGUCAAUCGAUACUAUCAUCCUUUCGUUUUGCCAGGAUUCUGAAGAGCACCAAGGGACAGCCCAAUAUGCUCCUCCCCUUCUCAUUGAGACCCUCAAUGACCAAAAUGAGAUGCAAAGACUCACUCAGUGAAACCUUUGAAAGACCUUAGUGCCUAUUUUUCUUUUCACCUUGCUUAAUGGAAAUUCAGAUAUUGUAAUAUGAUAUAGUGUCUCGUUCCUUUCUCAUCUUCAUUUCCUAUCUAACAACUUAAUUUUUGCUGAUCUGUUCACCCCAUUCCUGAAUAGUUCUACACUCCCCCAAUGUGUAUAUAUUUUCUUUGGAAGAGAUCAGAAUGAGUAGAAGCAACUUUAUUAUUAUAUGGGUUGAAACACAGUUUCAAAUCUUAA